AUGUGUAGGGGUUGUCCCCCUAUCAUUCUUGGCGGUCUUACCCUUAUCCUAUCCUAUCCUCGCAACGUCAGGGGAUUGCCUCCUCGGUUGCAGAGCCCUGGAUGUGUAGGGGUUGUCCCCCUAUCAUUCUUGGCGGUCUUAUCCUAUCCUCGCAACGUCAGGGGAUUGCCUCCUCGGUUGCAGAGCCCUGGAUGUGUAGGGGUUGUCCCCCUAUCAUUCUUGGCGGUCUUACCCUUAUCCUAUCCUAUCCUCGCAACGUCAGGGGAUUGCCUCCUCGGUUGCAGAGCCCUGGAUGUGUAG